AUACCAUAGGUAUUACAAGAAUGAAAAAAUGAACUAGAAAUUCCGUGUCCACGUGUGGCGUUUCUUUGUUUUGGUCGCGUGGUGCAGGUGGUCUUCCCUUUUUUUUAUUUUCCGUCACAACAUUGCAACCCAUUAUUUCAUCAUGUAAUUCAUGUACUUCUUCCAGCGAGGUAGAGGUAUGUCGUCCUAAAGCAGCCUCUCGUCGGCGCGCGUCGAGAAACGAAACUGGUACAUCACUCAGGCCCCGUGUUGUAGCUGAUCAUCUGAGUAAGGAGGUGGAGGUGGAGCAGGUGCAGCUGGACAUCUUCACUCUGUCGUCCUGGUCGAAGCCCUCCAGGGACGCAAUUUCGCCGUUGGAACUUCAUUGUGGUCGGCGGUGACGCAAAACUUACAUAUACCUAGAACCGACCGGCGCGUCAUUUUUUUCGCACGCGCCUUUGCCUCUUCAUCGGCCAAGAUGGUCCGGUCCCCAGACAAGAUGUAUGCAUUGCAAAAGCGUAUCGGUGUGGGGAGUUUGCACUUGUGACGCUUGUCGUGCAUAAUUUUAAUUUCUGCAGGCGCAUGACCGAUUGUAAAAUACAAGAGCGCCGCAGCUUCCUUCGUUAUGCAGUGGAAAGGCGAUUCGUAAUUCAUUUCCAUCCUGGUACGAAUCAGAAACAGAAUUAACAGUAGAAAGAAGUUGUAUGUGAUGGUGCUUGGCCGCUGAAAGUAGUGGACACGUUUUAACACUCAUCCCCAAUUCGUCCCGCAUCACAAGCUUCCAGACGAGAACCCGCAAUACGAGUACACAUUUGCAAUGCAUAAGAUGGCGAAGAAGACCAUUCCCGAAGCAUCCCGUGGACAAACGCUUUGUAUGUAAAGAGAAAAUAAGUGUUUGAUUUUAAUAUUACAUACAUCCAUGAUUUUCCAACUGUUUUACCGGAGGACCAACACAAACCAGAUUAAGAUAAAAAACCUCUGUGGCGGUCAUGCUUGAAGUUUUGCUGGUCAAGAACCUCGCUUCUUGCAUGUUUCUCCCUGAUGUGGUCCUGCAGGCCAAAUCUGUGAUGCUGAAAAGUCUGCGCAGCCGCAGUUGUGUUGAAAUUAUAACUGUCGCGUCUCACUUUAUUUUUUCUCUUUCAUACUUUGGAACCUUGCAGCAAUAGGGGACGUUGACGGCCUACUAAACCGGGCGAAUGAAGUAUGGGAGUGUCAGGUUGAAGAUCGACAGAAGUGCAAUUAUUUGCGACGCAUCAAAUAAUUGAUGUAACAGUUUGACUCCCGCCGUCCCAUGCCUAAGUAAGUGGCGCAUGAAAAUUUUUUUUGCGAGCACCUGAAUCCAAUUUGUCGCAAAGGUGUUUGGCGCAAAAGGGGCUGCUCGUGGCAUUUUUUUUUCUUUAGCCGCCACAUUCUUGUCCCUACUUAGGCUGGCGAUCUGCAGCCUGCUCAUUUGCCAGCUCUCCAAUACAGGCACUCUGUGCCUCGCAUUUCAUGCAUCUUCGUGCCAUCACAUCGCGUGUCGUGAUGGCGAUGGCUGCGCAGGUCCGCCUGACUCUACGAACUGGUGACCUUUCCAUCUGUGGAAAAAUGCCAUUAGCAGGUUUCGAUUGAUUUAGAAGCGUAACACAUCACUUCAACGGUACGUAUCGAUUUCAAGCCUGGCAGUUCUAUACGAAACUAGCGAGUCCGUGGACCAGCGGGAACCCAGUACAACGCGAACUCCCUUAUGGAUAGCAGCUGCUGCAGGGUAAUUUUUUUUUGCCACCUGGUGUCGUGGUUGUUACAGCAUCGGUGUAUCGUCCUCGAAGACGUCAAUUAUAUAUAGAAACGCCCGGACAUCGGGGCAGUGAGCUCCUUCAAUUUGGACGAUCGACGCUUGCAGUUGAUUUUCUGCUGUACCAGCUGCCUUGUUCCGAAUCAUGCCAAUACGUCUACAGCGGAUUAUUUGCACUAUGGAAAAAUCAUUGAUCUCCAAAACACAUACACAAAUAGGCAUCUGGAGGCGGUGAAGCUGCUGAUUGCACUGGGGGCGAACGUGACAAAAGAGAGCGAAGGCCUCACACCGGUGGAAAUCGCGAAAAAAAGCGGACAGCUAUCCAUAAUGAAAAAUUCCCGGACAGCAAGUAAAUGAAACGAUAGUACGCUCUCCGUGACGGUGUUUAUGUUUUACCGUGACAAAGUGAAAGACAAAAGCAAAGCCUUAACCUUUUCCUUUAUUUAUGGGCUAGUACUUCUACUUCUGGUGAUGUGUGGUCAAAUUUACUGAACAACUUUCGUAGCAUUUUGUUGGUCAUGUAAUUGUAAGCACGGUGAUUUUUUUACUGCAUAACAGCCACACGUGGUCUACUAUCUCAAAUGCCAGCAAAAUUACUUUCCGAAUUUGAAGAACGCGGUGUCCCAGCCCACGGCCCGAAGAAUAGCGCUGUUGAUCGGGAACACGCACUACGAAACGCUCGAGCAUGUACCCUUCGCAAAAGCAGACGUAGCCGUUGUGGGCAGGCGAUUGACCGCGAUGAAAUUCGAGACCUUUGUCCGAACGAACUUGAGUAUUAAUAUCAACAUCUUCGUGAUUUUAUUCAUAUUCAGAGCGUUUCGCAAAAAUUAUGUAAGAAAGGCCGCAUCUUUUUUGCGGCGAGGACGUCGUACGUUGCGGAAAGAUAAGAAGUAGAAAAAGGCUGCGUGCUACCAAGAUGAAAAAUCUCCCUUCCGUCUUCGUAUUCACGCUGAGAUUUGCAUUUGUGUAGCAUGAUGAUCAGAUGAUCUGUAAUCACGAGCCGGGUUGGCCUUGGCGCGACAGAAACAGGAAAGAGAUGUGGACUGUGGUGCUGGCUGGCGUGGGUGUGUGAAAGCAUUGCGUCUUCAGUAUCACAGGAAACAAGAACAACUGCACCGCCGGGAACAGUGAUUCAGAUUCUAUUGGCAUUUUAGCGAUGCAAGUCGAUUUGAGAUUUGUGUACACAAAGUGCGCUGCAGCGGAUAUCUUGUUCUGAGUUAGUUAGUAUAUGGGGAAGGGGAUUUCUCCUUGUACUAUACCUAUGCGUAUGCGCAAGAGCAGGAGCAGGACCGUCUCCCUGUUCACCAAUGAAGAAGUGCGCGCCUAAGGUUCCGCUUUCGCUCGCGAAAGAGGAGCAAGGAGCCGUAGUUCUUCAACACCCUUGUGCUUUUAGCAUGAUGCAGAUGAUACAACUGCAACCACUAUCACUAUCACUAUCUUGAUCUACUUCAUCACGACAGCAUUAACAUUUUUGAUAUAGGUACCGCUGCAAUGAAUGACAACGUAGACCAAUUCUGCCAGAAUCUCCGCGUGGGCGACGUCGCGCUUUUUUAUUUUGCCGGUUUGGGCUGUAGGCAAGGAAGCCGCUCGCUGCUUUUUGGCGUCGACCGCAAGUUCCACCUGAUUCCGGAUGAGGACAGGGUAUCAGUCGAGUCCAUUGUGGAGGCCAUGCCUAUGGAAGCGUCAGGUUUGAAAGCGACAAAGUAGUUGAAAUAUCGCGACGCAUAAAAUGAACACCAGUUUGCCAAGCGGUUCCUGCGACAAAUUUCGGUGCGAGAGCCUAAAUUCAAUAUUUAUGUCGCAUUGUUUGGUGCAGAUGCAAGAGCUGCUUGUGGCAUGCUCUUAAACUACAGCCGCAUAAUUACCCCUAAUUGGGCUUACAAUUGGCCUCAUUUGCCUGCUCUUCGCUACACCUACUCUGUGGCAGAUCAUUCCAACUUUGUCAAUUUCGAGGCUCGCGCCUCCAUAAUGCUGACACGCACCGGACAAAGGCGAAGGAGAGACGUGGAACUCAAACCGGUAACAAAUUCCUCGGAUCUUCUUGGUUCAGUUUCGGGCUUGUUCAACGAAGCCCGGCGAAGUAUGUAGAAACUGGUGAAGAAGCACUUCCGUUCUCAUCCAAAAUUAUAUUAGCGACUGUCACUGACCUAUGUAUCGCUCUUCGUAACUACCAACGCAAAAGUAGGUAUCGCACAACAACGUCGUGUGCGUAUGCAGCUACGCGUAGCAUAAUCUGAUGCCAUAUCAUAGAAGAUGAAGAUCUAGAUCAUAAUCUAUCACAUCGAUAAUGCUCUCUGACUUAGAUGAUUGAUAUUGCACGCGAUGUGGUUUCGUUCUUCUGCAAAAAAGCGACUGGAAUGGCAUUCUUGUUUAUUUUACUACAAGUGCAGCAAUACCACACGCACACACAUUGAUUAAGUAUGUUGGAGUGCAUUCUAUCACACAAAUAUCGUGCUAUGCCCAUCUUUCGAAACUAAACUGAAGUCCAUGAAUCUACUACAUGACAUGCUUAAUUGACUACAGGAUCGAGCGCGACGGCGAGAAAUUGCACAAGCACGGGGCCCCUCGAUUGUGAUUUUGGACGCCUGCAGGACCGUUCAAAAAACCGGCUUCCGGGAAGCAGGGUACAACACGUCCACGAACUCGUCCUUCGCAGAAAGGGGCUUUUUCGACGAUGGAAUUACCCCAACGAAGGCACUUAAGGGCCACGGCAUUGGUGUCAUCGACACGACAGGCAACGGAACAACUGAGCAGGUGCAAAUUUACAUUUUUAGAAUCGCAAAUACUAUACAUGAUCUGGUAACCAAAUGCGUGCGCGCGCGCGCGCAGAGCGCGCGCCGGCCCACGAAGCCGGCGCGCGCGCUCUGCGCGCUUGCGAUAUUGCUUAGCAAACGCAGCGCGAAGGCAGUUGCCGUUACCAUAUAGGGCAACCGCCGGGAGGCGUGAAGGUCAGGGAAAUGGCCAGAAAUGAAGCGGGAGAAGGGAAAAAAAGCGGACCAGAUGGGAAAAUGGCCAGGAGGUCAAAAAUGACGCAAAAACGGCAGAAACCAAGCGGGAGAAGGUGAAAAAAGAGCAUUUUUGCGGUCUGGCCCACUUAGUAUCUGAAAAAGAGGCGGACUAUUUUUUGCUCCGCCCGCUGGCCAGCUGCGUUGGAGCAGCAGGCCCGCGACCUGUUCGGAAGCCUUGGGCCGCUUCGUAACUGGAAAAAGUUGGAAAAAAAUGGCGAAAAAUUGCUUCAUAACGUGGGGGGAAGCAAUCGUCGGAUUUUGUGCAGAUCACCCGGGCCACUUGGAAAAUGAAAAAAGAUGAGAAAUUGCGCAAAAGCGCAAUCCUUCCGCAGGCUUCAAAACUGCCAGUCAGAUGCGGGCGGUAAAAGUGUGCAGGUCGCUGGGGCCACUUGGAAAAUGAGAAAAGAUGAGAAAUUGCGCAAAAGCGCAAUCCUUCCGCAGGCUUCAAAACUGCCAGGCAGAUGCGGGCGGUAAAAAUGUGCAGGUCGCUGGGGCCACUUGGAAAAUGAAAAAAGAUGAAAAAUGGCGCAAAAGCGCAAUCCCUCCGCAGGCUUCAAAACUGCCAGGGAGAUGCGGGCGGUAAAAAUGUCCAGGUCGCCCGGGCCACUUGGAAACCAGAAAAAGAGAAAAAAAUGCGCAAAAGCGCAAUCCCUCCGCAGGCUCCGAAACUGCCAGGCAGCUGCGGUCGGUGAAAAUGUCCGGAGCCCUUCGGCCACCUAAGAACCACAAAAAAGAGCGAAAAUUGAAAAAAACCGAGAACCCUCGGCAGGCUUACAAACUGGCCGCCAAGGGCGGUCCGGCGGGCGCGUGGUCGCGCCAUACCAUCGGGAUUGUGAAAAAAAAAACGCAUUAGAAGCGGGCGGAGGGAUGUCACAAAAUCCCUAUUUGCCCUGGUUUGUGGGCACAAAUCCUGCACCUCCGCCGCGUCUGAAAUGCCCGAUUUUGGUGGCCCGGAAGGGUCCGCGGAGAUUCGGCUUUCCACAUACCUUCUUGGCCAGGAGGCCAGUUUGUCAUGCAGGGGGCUAGAAAGGAUGCCCCGCUGCGAAAUAGCAGACCGGAUUUCGCCUUCAAUGCUUAUCGCAGGAGCCUGCGGGCCGCCGCGGGCGACAGUAGUUGUCCGCGGCCCUUGGGCCGCGACCGCAAACUGCGGCCCGCGGCUCAAGAAGAAGAAGUGGGAUUCUAAUUAAAAGAAAUGGUGGUGGCAGCCGCGCGGCGAAAGCGCGGCCCGCAGGGCCGCGCUUUUGCCGCGCGGCUGGUUUGGCUUUCGCGCUGGUUAGAUUUUCGCGCACGCAUUUGGUUACCAAUAUCGCCCUCCGGGCGCGAUCUUCAUAGGUGAACGUUACCGCAAUGCUGAAGCGCUACAGCCGCCGAAGCCAAUGCAUGCUAGUAAGUAGGUGCAUCAACUUCAACGAACGCGAACGGUUACGCAAAAAAACAGAGCUACACCACCGCCACCAGCAGCACACGACCGGAGCUUUCGGGGCGGGCGAAGGCGUCGCUUUCCCACCGGCAGCAUCUAUUUUAUCAUGCGAAAAAAUUGCUUCCCUGUGAUGAUUUUGUUUUUGUAGAACUAGCCACGUAUGCUUCGCCUGUGGAAGUGUGAAACAAAAUUCAAUUAUUCCGCUAGACCGAAAAACAAAAGAGCCAGGACAGGAGCUCAAAAAUAAAAAACGAAAAGCCCGGGCCAGAAGCAGCUCCGCCCCGUUUGCGGUUGCGGUUGUAAGCAGAUAUUGACUGCGGUCGCAAGCAGUUUUUGCGGUUGUAAGGCGUAUGCGCGGCUGUGCUAACAGCUGCGAGCAGUUGUUGUGGCUGGAGUGGUUUUUGCGCCACUUUUCUGCAUGCCGUGGCUGCCAUUUUUCGUGCCGAAUUGUGGGUAGGUCUCCACAGGCGACAAGAGUCCCUUGCUUUUCCACCCGAUGCAGGCACUGCGUGCCGAGAUCGUUUUGCUUAGGCUUGGUCAUUGCCUCCCGCCAGCUCUUCAAGACUUUCAAAGCCUGGGGCGUCGUUCUUCCUUCCAGCGCCGCGCGCGCUUUUUUAAGCCAGCUCUGACGACCUUGCCUCCUAUUUUUGUUGCUUGUCGAAUUCAAAAGGUUUGCAAGCUCUGCUGUUGGCCCUCAUCUUCGAGCUUUGCCUUUCCUUUUGCUUUCAACUUUCACUUUUGGACUUUCGCCUUUGCUUUUAGUUUUUGCGUUUGCUUUUAGUUUUUACCCGUAGCUUAGUUUUUAGCUUUUACUUUUAGUUUUUACUUUUAGUUUUUACUUUUACUUUUAGUUUUUACUAUUAGUUUUUACUUUUAGUUUUUACUUUUAGUUUUUACUUUUAGUUUUUACUUUUAGUUUUUACUUUUAGUUUUUACUUUUUGGCUUUUGCCUUGAAAUUGCGAAACAAUUGUUUGGCCGUCACGACUUUACUCUUAGCAAGGAAUAGAUUAUGCGCAUGAAGAUGAACAGCAGCAGGACGAGUUCGUCACCAAUGACGCAUGUUUGAAAGUUAAACUCUGCAGCGCAUGUUGCGUCCCAAUCUUGAGAAGGAAAUACUGCUAAACUGAAAAAUGGUGGUCCUGGUCGGCCUCCACAUUAUAAUUGCAUUUCUACGAGCUGCUGCUGCAAGACAUACUGUUUCUAGAUGCUGCCCUGCAGUUCAGUAAGGGUAAGGGAGUUCACAGCAAAGCAGGUUGCGCAGUUCGAUACUGUAACCACGAUGAACAACAAGCCAAUUGCCACUGGUGAGCUUUACCAGAAAGUAUCAACUGCAAAGAGGCUUGUCGGGGUCUGGAGAGGAGGUUACUACUUAUGUUGAUGUCCAACCAAUCACGCAACUGUUACUGUAGUUCCAAAAAUACAGAGAUCUGCAUGAGCAGAAGCAGUCUUUUGAUGGCCGAAUGGUGGCGAUGGGAAAUCACAUUUUGCAUGACCACAGGCUAGCUCCCACCCAAGCUGCCGCCACUCUGCGCCACGUGCAUGUAGAAGUAUUGCAGCUCCUGUUCAUCUAGAGCACGCGAGCGAUACAGGUGGUGAACUCUUCUCGACCAAGAUUGAUGCAUGUUUGCCAAGCAUGUAGUGCCUUGGGGAACAAAAACGCGGUGCACAUGAAGAGACCCUACACAAGGAAGGAGCUUGCCUUCAUUGAGCAGCACGGCGCGGAGGCACUGGCAAGACUCCAAGCCAUGGGCGGUACCGCCACUGAGCCAUUCCCGUCAACGGGAGCCGUCAAGAGCUUUCCGUCCAGCUGCGGACCACAGCUGGGCUCCAUGCCGGUGAAACACCUGAACCACUACCCCGGAAAUCGAGAGCCGGUCUUGGGCCAGGAAGCUUUGUGGGCAGAUUUGCAGGAACGGAAGGAAGAUACGAGGUGAGUGUAUCAUAAAUGCCCUUGCUCUUCUUGAAGAGCAAGCCUACUACUUGUUACAACUUUUUGUUUUUGUAUGUUAACCUUCUCGACAGAAUUCGUCCAAGUUGUCGAGUGCAUGUUUAACAGACGCAGAUCUUCAACAAUCUUCAUGACCGUGAUGCCGGAAAGUGUUGGGCUUUGAACACACCGGGGGCGGCACUGAGUGGCUAACGCGUCAACGUCGGCGUCCUUUUCCGAGGUGCCUCAGUCUCUCGCUCUCUCAGCAGACCACACGGCGAAGGCCUCUGAUUGCGCUGCGUUCUGUGAAGAUGCGACAAAGUUCCCGCAUCAUCGUCGUCGUUUCCUUCUCUCUCUUCUCAUGCAUCACUUCGCCAGGCGGCCUCUGGUCCGUCAGAAUGGACAUCAGAGCGCGAUUCAGCUGCAUCUCGAGAAUGCCAUCCGACUCCUCGAGGAUGUGCGAAGACUUCAUACACCUUGACGAGCGAGGGUGGGCGCUGAUUUUACCCACCUCGCCGGAGGUGCGCGGAGAUUUCAUCAAACUCGACGGAGAUGGGCAAGGAUAAUUCACUCACCUCGACGAGGAGGGUGGAUGAAAGGUUCAUCCACCUCGUCCUUGAUUUCAAGCCUUUUCUUCAUUCUUCGGAACAGGCCGUUGCGUCUCGGAUCAACAUCUUGAGAAGCUUUAGACCAUUGCGCGGGAGGGUUUAGAUCACACACAUGACGACCAGCAAAAACUUGCAUAGGCCAGCCGUCGCCCCAAUAUAUAAACAAGCAUAAUGCUAACGAAUGUUAUGAAAGCUUAUAGCUCUACUUCAAAAAGUUAACGCUUUUUCUCAGGCGCGCCCUCGGUCCGAAUGAUCUCCCGUUAGCGAGUGGCACAGACCGGAACUUCUUCAAUGGCAGCGGGCAGCACCUGAUCCAGGACACCCGCCGGGAUGGUGCGACCCCCGCGUCGGGCAGUGGCGGUGGCGCCGUUGGGGGUCCCCGCACAAAUCGAAUGGCCGACGAUUCUGCAGCCGGUGCUGGCGGAGCCGCAUUUGUAUCCUCUACACAAGUGUGCUCGUAGUCGUACUGCAUCACACGUAUCGGGUUUUUUCCUGACGGUACUAGGCCAAGAAGAAAUUGCAUCUUUAUAAUUGACUGGACAAAAGUAAGUAUAUGUAAAUCACUGCUAUUUGCAUCUGCUCGACGUUUGACUCGACUACGACACAUUUGCAACGCAUACGUCCCUGGAGCUACAGCUAACCCCUUGCAGUCUCUCAACUACAACCCGAGGCUAUCCGGAGGAAAAACGCCCCGCCCGCCAGCACAAUAUCGCAUCGUCAAGCUGGAAACUCAGAUCCGCGUAAAAAGUGUACGCGGUAGUGAUUAUCAAGCACAGGCUUAUCUUCAUCACAAAGCCAUCAGCUUGUGCUGCAGUUGAUUCAAAAAGAAGUGCAUACAAAAAACAAGACACGACUAGAAAUACCAGGCGUCGUUUUAACGAGGUGCAGGCGCAACUUAAACUUCUUCCCUGGAUUGGCAUCACAAGGCUUGGGCGCUGAGUGUCGUGUUGCAAAUAAUUAUUCAAUUAUUCGCAACACACUCACCCAAUUAAGUUGUGUAGCAUGUCCGCAAGUUGUCAUCUCUGGCCGAUGGUGGGGCGUUUUUAACCAGGAUAGAGGUACGGUGUCGGGCGCGAGGAGAUCCUCGACGAGAGGGAAGAAAGGCACAUGCGCAGUCAGGAACUCAUCCCAGAUAUGUUGGGACCACGCCACUCCCUCUUCUCCUCAAAUUUGAAUGAAAGGCACCUGCGCAACAGACCAGAGGAGCAACGCUGCAGCUACAGCUUUUCUAUUUUUCCUUGCGUGGCACUGGCAUCAAAAUCAAAUGCAAAAGCAAAAGCUAAAAGCAAAUCUAGAUCUACCCGUCGCGGUGUGUAGUGUUGUUUUGGGUCCUUAAUAUUCCGAAGCUUGUCAAUCAGACUACAGAGAACGGAACUGGAUCUGGUACAAAUUCGGCCGAAAAGUGGCCUUCCACCCAGAGCCCAUUUUUAGAUGGACAAGGUUCACCAGGUUUCUUUAAUUAUUCGAGAUUUGCAGCUGACCACCGGGCGAGGGGCGUGGGUCCGUCCCACUUUUCACCCACCCGGCCGGGCGCGUGAAAAGUGAGACGGCCACUCUUCGGCCGAAUUUCCUACGCCGCUCUAAUGAAAAAAAACUGCGCACCUGGAUGACAAACGCGCAGCCAUGUAGAUUCGAGCAACACAGAGUGUGCUUGCGGUAAAUAAUUUGAAGCUAUGUGGAAAUCGUCCUGAUAUGUAUAUGGUGCCCAAUGGUCCUGGUGUGUAGUUGUCUUGCACCUUGCGUGUGGACCAAGAGUGAUAACAACCCUAAAGCUCCUGACGUUGGUGCUCGCACGUUUUGAGUUUGACUUUGCCGUGCUGUCGCCCUAGUAGUUUGCGCGCGUAACAAAAAGAGCCCAGUUUACUCUGUCAUGCAAAAUGCCAGCGCAGCCGCAGCGGGAGGAGCUGCUCGUGCUAGAUGAUUCGCCUGCAGCUGUGGCACAGCUGACGCCUACUAGUUUACGUGAUGACGCAUUUGGCUGCGAUUGACCUGCCUGAUGGUGCGGGAGGUCAAGCGCCCAUGAGUGUGCCACCUACAGACAAAACAGGGGGCGGCAGUCACAAUGGCGCGGUCUGCAUGUGGACGUGGCGCCCCCUGGGUCCGGCUGCGCACUGCGGCGUGGUCAUGCUGGUCUCUGCUUAUGCAUCGAGUACGAGUUGGGGAGACGUACAAGGAUAGUACGAGCAUUAAGAAGAUGAAGCCACUUCAUAAAAGAAAAUAAUGCAGGACAAGAAAUAAAAUUAAAAAUGAACAGAGGCGGGAGAGUUGCGCAUGUCCAUACCAGAUCUCGGAGCGACAUCAGAUGGCUAUAAUCUCAUGAUGACCAGCACGGGGGACUGGAAGCCAGCCGAAAGCAUGCGGCCGGAGGAGCACCAACCCUCGGGGACCGACCAUUACAGCAUCGCUUCUCGGCCAGAUGCGAGUAACUUUCCCGUGUUCCAGACACUAAAUCCCACAAAUGCGAGGACGGAGGAAGAACGAGUAGAAGACCAAGACUACGCAUUUCAUUUGUUGUCAGAAAAGGACAAACACGACACUAGUGUGCCCUGUACAUGGUUCGCGCAGACUGAUGCACAGGUAUCGUUUCUUCUGAUGAUCUAACUAUCUUCUAUGUACAUGUAGAUAGAAAUGUCGAUAGCGUUGAAACAGAAAAUCGCAUCCAAAAAUCGUUGAUGAUUUUCCUAGGAAUUGCCGCCAGUGGUCCACGGCUGAGUCGUUCGGUCUCAGCUGCUACCGUUUUGCUCUGCACUUCACUGCGCCAUUCAUGUGGAUCGAUUUUUUCUUUGAACAAGUUAGUAAAAGCGAAAAGGAAAAACCAAACCAACUACUCAGAUCGGUAGUAUCCUGCGCACCCAAUUCGGGCCAAACACACGCCUGGGCGUUUUGGAUGAUCCCCACGCUGGAAAUUUUCGAAAUUUCAAUGAAGACUCCAGAUACGCAAAAGACAACUUUCUUUCGCAGACGGGCUCAAGCUUGAUCAACAAUAACGCGCACAAACCCAACGCGGCCAUGGGCGCAUUUUCCUUUACCAGCGGAGCGGGGGGAGCCGGGACGAUGAACCGGAGUUGUACAAGCUUCCAAAACUUCGUCACACACACAGCGCUCAACAAGCGCGGCGUGGAGGAAAACCGCUAUUACGGACGCUACAACGGUCCUACUUCGGACGAGCUCGAGUACGGAGACAAGUACUGUGUUGGCUCCGUGCAAUAUGACAGAAGUGCGUGCAAAACUACUCCCCCUCCACGUCAUUUGAAGAGCUGCACGACGGAGGCACGAUCACACAUGAAAACGGAACCACAAAUGCAGAGCGUCGAGCAACUGUUUUCAUUUUCAAACUGAUCAUGCAGCAAAUAACGCCAAAAAUUAGAGGAUGCCUCAAGAAAGCAUAAGCAAGGCUUCUAGAACAACAACUGCAAGUGUAGAAGAAUUUGGCAUGCUUAUCCUCAUUAUGAUGCGUGAGCGUGGCGAAAGGAGUAGGGGGGCGGUGGAGUUGUGAGCUCAUAUGCUACCUGUGGACCGGAUCUUCAACCCCGGACUCCACUCGCAAGAUAUUCUGAACGACGAAAAGAUUGCAAUCCUGUACCAGUUUCUUGUGAUCAAACUUUGCUUUUUUCACUGAAUGCCUUCAAUGCCCACGGAGAAGGUGAAGCAUACUUAAGUAUAUUGCUUCUCGGCUUAAUCAUAUUGGAGGUCGAUCGGCAGGUUUGACUUCUCCGAUGUAAUUGAUGCCCAGCACUUUCACUUUCGAGCCACGUUCUUUAUGCCCCGGAACAGUACUCAAUUUUUUGACUACCAGGUAUAGCCACACCCCGACGGAUAUCCACAGCAAAUAUUGGUAUGUCUGGGUCUCUUGUGCAAUUGAAUUCUCAUCUGCCAGCGAGCCGUAUGCAGGAGGAUUGGACUACGGAAGGACGUCACGCAACUCCUGCAUGCCGUGGUCAGAACCAGAAGUGCAGGCGCUAAGUAGCAUGAGCGCAGAUUUUGCAACAAGUGCAAGGUCUUUACUUUGUCGUAUAGCGACCCCACGACAAACAUGACAAUCAUAAUUCCUCCGUCUCAAUGAAUCAUGAUAUACGUGCUCGCAACUCGGCCAAAGUAUAGAAGAUGGGCAUAUUAUUUUGAGAGAAGUCCCGCAAUGGCAAUACCGAUUUUGGAUGACACGCACACACUGAGGCUGACACUGUCACUGGACGCCGACGGCGCAUCACAAGGCUGCUUAAUUUAUAGACGCAGAGCCAGACUACAACACAUUUGCGUUGCAUACGGGAGAUUUGCGACGAGGACGUAGCGUUUGACGCACGUGGUGAUGCUGCCCUGGCCACCCAGACAAGUAUGUUUGCGCACUACACCGACGAAGUUUUAUAUCCCACGAAAAAAGUAUUGAUUCGCUGUAUGGAUUUUGCAAGGUUUGCAUCACAAGCUUGCUCUAAAAAUUGUCAUGCGAGCCUCUAGGCACAUAGAAUGUGAAUGAAAAGCAAAAGAUAAAGAAUUCCGCUGGCGCAUAAAAAAGCUACCUCCACCUCGUCGAACUCACAUAAGAACUCAAAUCUGAAUACGUUUUUGUAAGGUGUAUGUGACAAGUUUUUUGUGAUCUUACUUCCUCCACCUUUCUAUUUUUAUUUUUAGGGCCGUGAGUGCCGAAAGUACCAACGUCAACGACCUGCCCUUAGACCUCUGAUGUCAUGCGAGCCUCCGAAGGGAGCACGAAAACAACGGUAAAAAACCACUCUUUUGCAUGUGUCGCAAGAAAAACUCUUGCGAGAUGCAUUUUCUGCAUAAUUACAUAGUUUACAGCGAAACAGUUUUUUCUUGCGAUAUUUUAACCACGCCUGGCGGCCGACUGCCAGAGCUUGGCACGCGUAAUCCCGUCUCGCGACGGAUGGUAUUCUAUGUAAAAACGUCCCCAGCACCCCAUAGUCACGCUGGGAAUUUUGCAACACAAAUCGAGAAGCUUUGGCAGUCACGCAUGACAAGCGUCUCUCUGUAGUGUCGUGCAGGGUAGCAAAGAAAGCCGCGUCACGAACCCAUCUGGUGAUCCCGUCCACAACAUUACAAAUGCUAAAAGUAAAACACGACGAUAAUGUACAUUAAUGCUUCUCAUCGGGAUGCGCAUUACAAGCGUUCCUGCGUAUGCAAAUCAUCUGCGUGACCGUGAUAACUUGUAUGAAGGAAGCAUAGUGCUGUGCCGCACUUCUGCUUAGCAUGACGACUAUGGGGUACGGACGUUUUUACACAGGAUAGAUGGUGCUGGAGAUUCAGGACGCGCCCUUUCCUGGGUCCGUGGGCUGGGAUGCCAGCCGCAGCGGUUUCUCCAAUAUGGGCGACUACAGUGCGCAGCGGCCCAGUCUCUUCGGGCACGCAGUGGAGCAAGCGCUCGUAAACCACUACAAGCUCCGGGAUGCGUUACGCAGCGUGUCGGUCAAGGUGAUGGCAGCAAGCAAUCGCGUCCAGAAACCAUGCAUGCAAGACCGAAAAAUCGAUAUCUGCCUGUAAGAACGGGCAGAAGAUGGUCGCGCGUACGCAAUUCGGGUGCCGCAGCAAAUGGAACCACUAAUCGCAUGCCAGUGCGUCGAAGUUUCAGUUUCAUUUAUAUACCAAAUUCCAUUUCUUGCAAUUUCAUGUUGACGUAAUGUUUCUAGAGCUUAUAAUAUAGACUUGUUUCAUUUAUUUCUACUGAUAUCAUUUUCAUGCAAAAUAUUUAGGAGCCACUUUACAGUAGAUGAUGCUGCAAGGAAUCACAAUGUAUACACCAAGCUAAUUCUACCGGCGCAAAAACAGUAGACUCCUAUUAACCGCAUGAGUAGUUAGUUUGUAUGUAAAAGAUGUUUUUCGGAUCGGUCUACGUUCAAGAUCUGGUAUAUGCCAAUACUACAUGACCUGCAGGUGCAGUUGCCAAUGGCAUGUGGAAAUCUUCACUAUAUCUAAAAGACAUGAUCCACGUGCAGCACGAGGAAGAAGAACAUUACCAUACGCCAGGACAUCAGAAAAACCUGAAGAAAUGUAAAAUUACGGUUUUGGCCAGCACAGCCACGACCGCGUUGUUACAUCGGGCUUGAAAGAAAAAGGAAAACUGUAUUUGUUGCGGCCUACAACUGUUUCUACCUACGGGUACUAUGGAAGUGGUGCGCUCAACAU